GCACUGAAACUAAGCGAUGUGGAGCAAUCGCUGCUCGAUUUUAAUCCUGGCGCUUCUGGUCGCCAGCAGUGCGGAAAACGUAUCCGGUAGAUUGCCAAGAAUCCUGCCGGAAUCUUUCGCCAAAGGCGAUGAAGGUGUGAUAGUGCGCGGAGACUGUGAAUUCAAGGUGAACGGUGACCUCAACGACCCCGCUCCUCUUUUUUCGCGACACAAUUCUUAUGAAAUUAUAGUACCUGAUCCCACGGAUACAGUGCGUUUGGUUAAUGGAGAACUUUUGGACAUGUUCUGCCCAGGAGUGGGAUUUGCAGCCCCCUUUGCUAAUCGCUCGCAGGUGACGGCUACGUGUCUGCAACACAAGUAUUUCCUGGUCGAUGAUCUCAUCUAUCCGUUUGCCAACUUCUCCUGCAACAACUGGCCCAUCAUCAGUGCCCUUCGCACGGGAAAGGAUUGUAAUGGAGGCACCGAUCUCGUCCAGGUGGGAUUCGAGGUGGAGGAUGGCGGAUUCCUGCAGUCCUACGAACUUUGUCACGAUGCCGAGGCGGAAGCCACGCGAUAUGUUCACCAUGUGCUCUACCCGUCGAGCUACGACUAUCAGCACGGUGUGGCGAGACCCAACUUUAUCGAACUUGACUUUUAUGGGGGAAGGGAUGUGAACACCAAGUACACCCAAGUCCAGCAGAAUAUCACCAUUAGUGGCAUACUCGGAUUGGAUGCCUCGCCGUAUUUCAACUUCAGUGAUGAUCGCAUCCUGGCCCGAGGACAUAUGAUUGCCAAAACGGAUCAGAUAUUUGGGGCAGCUCAGCACUCCACAUUCCUGUUCAUCAAUGUGGCGCCUCAGUGGCAGACCUUCAAUGGAGGCAACUGGGAAAGGGUUGAGACGAGUGUUCGAAAAUUCGUGGCCGAUCGUAAUCUUACCACUGAUUGUUAUACUGGGACCUGGGGUGUAACCACCCUUCCCGAUGUGGAUGGAAUUGAAAAGGAGCUAUAUCUCGACUUUGAUGAGAACAAUAAUGGUUUGAUCCCUGUGCCCAAGAUAUAUUACCGCGUGGUCAUCGAUCGGAAGAGUCGGGAAGGUAUCGUCAUCAUUGGCAUUAACAAUCCUUAUUUAACUCUGGAGCAAAUCAAAAAGGACUAUAUCGUUUGCAAGGAUAUUGGCCAUCAACUGAGCUGGCUGUCUUGGUACAAGGAAGAUCUGCACGAGGGUUACUCAUAUGCCUGCACUGUGGAGGACUUUAUCGGAGUGGUCAAGGACUUGCCUCUGGAAGAUCUGUACACUAAUGGAGUUCUUGGACUAGAUGAUGUGACCACUGUUGCACCUACUGUUUCUACACCGGAAACAUCAACAGAAGAUACAACAACUACUGAACCUGCAACUACACCUAGUACCACCACAGUCUCUUCUACUAGUGAAGAACCAAGCUCAUCUACUGCGUCACCCACGACGGAACCACCAUCCACAACAGAACAAGGUUGUUCUACCACUCCGGAACCAAGCUCAUCUACUGAUUCAUCUACUGUAGAGCCAAGCUCAACUACAACUUCAAAUCCUACCGUCACCACUCCUACCCCCAUUGUUAAUCCCUGCAAGUUUAGCAUAAAUGGUGACAUGAAGGACCCUGCUCCACUUCUUACACCUCAAGGAGCUCUCAGUUGGCUGCUGCCCGAUGAAAGUGGUGUCUACACCGUUGAAGAAGGAUCCACCAUCGAUCUGCACUGCACUGGAGCUCUGGUCUCGCCUUUUAAUAGGUACACCGCCCUGACGGCUCGCUGUGUUGGCGAUCAGUUGUACGAGGCUGAAGGACAGCGGGUGAAUAUUCGAGGUUUCGUCUGCCAGAGUUGGCCCACCUAUGUGGCCUUGCGAACGGGAAGAACCUGUCCGGGUGGCACGGAUCAGGUGCAGAUUGGAUUCGAUGUGGCCGCCGGUUAUCUUACCCAAGUGGAGCUUUGCUACGAUAAGCAGGUGCAGAUCUCGAGAUACGCUCGCUACGAACUGACCCCCGCUAAUGUGGCCUAUCAACGGGGAGUGGCUCAACCUGGAUACCUACGAGGUGACUUCUACACUGGUGAGGAUGUGAACGUUCUGUAUGGUCAAUCGCAUCAGCUGGCGGCAUUUAACACUGAACUGGGUUUGGAUGCCAGCAAGUAUUUCGACAGCACUAAGGAUCUCUAUUUGACGCGAGGACAACUGGCCGCUCGUCUUGAUUUUGUCCACAGUUCCGCCCAGAGAGCCACCCACUUCUAUGUGAAUGCAGUUCCGCAGUGGAGGAGCAUCAAUAUUGGCAACUGGCUGGCCGUGGAGACAAGUUUGCGGCAAUUCGUGGCCGAUGAGGCACUCAAUGUGAGUGUUCAUGCUGGCAGCUUUGACGUUUCAACUCUACCCAAUUCCCAAGGAGUCCAAACACCUCUCUAUCUAAAUGCCGAAACCAAACAACUUCCGGUACCCAAGAUACUCUAUCGCAUUGUUAUCGAUCAGGAAAGUCGCAAGGGAAUUGUUUUGAUAGUGGUAAACAAUCCACAUAUAACUUUAGCCGAGACUUUGCAGGAUUAUGUGAUCUGUGAGGAUCUGGGUGCACAGUUGGAUUGGUUGGACUGGGAUAAAACUAGUCUGCAAGAGGGCUACGCCUAUGCCUGCUCUGUAGAGAGUUUCAUCGAGGUGGUGAAGGACCUGCCCACAGAUCUACUAGAGACUACUGGAGUACUUGGUUUGAGUAAGCAAAAUCUGGAAAAUGAGCUGUGCACCUUUCAAGUGAACGGAGAUCUAAAGGAUCCAGCUCCUUUGUUUGUGAUAAGAAGUGAGUUGGGUCAUGCGAGGUACUUGGAACCGGAUCACGAUGGCUUGGUGCAGCUGAAACAUGGCGAGUCCUUGGAGUUCCACUGCAUCAAGUCAUUUGCUGGACUAUUCUCUGGUUAUACUUUUGUGAACUCCACCUGCUGGCAACAACAGAGUUUUUUGGCCCUGGGCAGCUUGUACCAGCUUCAGGACUUUGUCUGCACCUCCUGGCCAACUUACACGGCUCGUCGGACCAGUCGUCCCUGCAACGGGGGCACUGAUCUCCUGGAAGUGGGCUUCCAGCUCUCAUCCUCCUCCUCCGACGACGACUUCCUGCAGACCUAUGACGUGUGCCACAAUGAACUGACCGAAGUUACCCGCUAUGUGCAUCAUGUUUUGUAUCCGGGAAGUGCGCAAUAUCAGCGAUCUGUUUCCCGGCCGACCUUUAUUCCGGGUGACUUUUACAACGGCAAGGAUGUGAAUAAGUUGUACACUCAGGUCCAGCAGAAUAUCACUGUAACCGAGAUCCUGGGCAUGGAUGCCUCGCCCUACUUUAACAUCAGUGCCAAUGUGUACCUGGCCCGAGGUCAUCUCGCCGCUAAAACCGACUAUGUCUUUGGGGCAGCUCAACAGGCCACCUUCUUCUUUGUGAAUGUGGCUCCUCAGUGGCAGACCUUCAACGGUGGAAACUGGGAACGAGUUGAGGAUAGUGUGAGGAAUUUCGUGGCGGAUGAAAACAUCACAGCAGAUUGCUAUACUGGCACUUGGGGUGUGUCCAACCUACCCGACGUGGAUGGCAUCGAAAAGGAGCUAUAUCUGGCCUUUGAUGAGAACAACAAUGGAUUGAUCCCCGUGCCCAAAUUGUACUUCCGCGUAGUUAUCGAUCGCAUCAGCAGGAAGGGUAUUGUUCUCAUUGGUGUGAACAAUCCACAUGCUGAUCUGGGGCAAAUCGAAAAGGAGUACAUCAUCUGCAAUGACAUUGGCCACCAGUUGAGUUGGGUCAGUUGGACCAAGGAGGAUCUGAAGAAAGGAUAUUCCUAUGCCUGCACUGUGGAAGACUUUACUUCUGUGGUUAAGGACCUGCCACUCGAUGAGUUACACGUUGAAGGAGUGCUGGGCAUUCAAGACUAGAGUUUGUAGAUAAACAAAACGAAUUUCGUAGUUUAAAACCAAUAAAAAGUAAUAUUACCUAAA